AUGGCGCUUCAAACGUUUCUUGGGUUUGGAAACUUGCCGGCAGAAGUACGAACAAUUAUCUGGCAAAAAGUUGCCGCAAUUAGAGGACCACGACGAAUCACAGUUGUCAUUCGCGCUACGAAUCCAACAUAUGUCCCAUACGUAGCAGCACGAGAAACGGGUUCCAAGGCCUUUCGUACGCUCGGAGGACCAUAUGCCUAUGUGAGCUGGACUUGGACUUGUUAUGCAGCCGGAGGUGGGUAUGGACCUUCUGGGUUUGUCGGAAUGCUCGGUGCAUCUCGUGAAUCACGAGGAGAGUACCAGCGCCUCAAUCCUCAGUCUCUACGAAUAGAGAAUGGGCCUGUCAUUCAUUUCAAUGCAGCGAGAGAUACCAUCGUCAUGGACGCAAGAUCCCUCUUCUCGCUCCAUAUGUAUACAAUUGUGCCCGAUCACCUCCUCCUUACGCCAACAUGGCCGAGGAACCUCCGAGGAUUCGACACAAUCCAAAAUCUCCAGACAAGUCUCCGACAUAACGAUAUUGCAGCUUUCACUCCUGGAAGUGCGUUCUUCGCCAAUGGUAUUCUGCUGGCUGGGGUACGUCAUCCCAUUACAGUAUGGCGCCCGAAUCCAAAAGUUUUGAUGAAGUUUGUAAAUGACUGCCGACCUCAAGGAGUCUGGCAUAGAUUCAAUGACUACUGGCAUUCCAUGUAUACAUCUCCGCGUGCUCCGAGACAAAACAUAGUUAUUGACCAAUAUUUUGGCGAAUCUGUGCCCGGGAGCGGAGGUCCAGAUCUGCUAGCCGAGGUCAACAAAUUCUUUGUAGAGCAAUAG